AAAAUUACAGAUAAAAUGUUGGUGCUCCGCUAAAAUAAUCUGGCCACACUGCGCGAGAGGGCUCCGGCAGGAUUGACGUGGUUGUGACGGUCAUCACUUUUUCGUCAUUCCAAGAACAAAUCGCCAAAAUACCGUGCAUUUCGCCAAAAUAUUUCACCCACACGCACCGAAUCGCACCAGCAAUCUCGCCGCGGGUGGUGAAAAUAGCAACAACCCCGGUGCAUCCGUGACCCGUGACACCGGUUGCAUCAGAGGAACCAUCCCGUCGUGCUUCGGGACUGGAAAGGCAAAACAAGUGCUGCGCUGCUGAACUGUGUGUGUGUGUACGCCCCACCACAGUACGCUAUGUAACAGCUCCGGCCGUGAUUGAUACGAGAAGGAAGGCACCUGGGGGUAUGGGCGAAUAUUAAUGCGUGUGCUUCCCCACCCACCCGCACUCGGCUAAUCAGUUUUGGUUUUAGGUUACUGCACUAUCUCACGUCUGGGCUCGGGAUUGUUGAGUUUUAAAGCAAAGUUACUUCUGCGUGAUACAGAGCACCCUUCUCGAAACGUCACCAGCCAGCCAACACGCACAUAAUUGGAUUACAUUGUCGCUGCUAGGGGGAGCGAGCAAACUGCCUGCAAAUUGAGCAAGCAGUGGCCACAUUGCACCUCUAGCAACUCCGUUCGGGGCGACUUUGAUUGUCGGGGAGAGAGCGGAACGUCGGACAGCAACGGAAGCGCAACAUUGGCUUCAACACUAACGGCAACGCGACGGUGCAUCAUUCAAGAUGAUGAACGAGGAAACUUCAUCGCCGGCUAGCAGUAAUGUGGUGGCACUAUUCUUUAAGCGACUAGGACAGCUUUAUCAACUGCAGCUGGACAAAUGGACACCGCACACGAAGGUACGGUGGGCGGCCGCGCUCGGGUUGGUAGGUUUAUUUCUCCUGCGAGUAUUCACCAAACAGGGCUGGUACAUAGUCACGUACGCGCUCGGCAUUUAUCAUCUAAAUCUGUUCAUCGCGUUCCUGACGCCGAAAAUCGAUCCGGCACUCGAUCUGGACGAUGACCAAGGUCCAGAGCUGCCCACGAAGUCGAACGAAGAGUUCCGACCCUUCAUACGGCGGUUACCGGAGUUCAAGUUCUGGUACGCCAUCAGCAAAAGCACGGUGAUUGGUAUCGUGUGCACCUUUUUCGAUAUGUUUAACGUGCCGGUCUUUUGGCCAAUUUUGGUGCUAUACUUUAUCACGCUGUUCUGCAUUACGAUGAAGCGGCAAAUUAGGCAUAUGAUCAAGUACCGAUACCUGCCGUUCACCCACAGUAAGCCGCGCUAUCAGCCGGUGGCGCAGGAAAAGUGACAAUUAAAAGCACAAACUCUACCAGCAUCAUCUUCGUCGUUGUCCUCGUCCUCCUCGUCGUCGAUCGGCGGUAGUGUCGGGCCGGUCGCAGCAGCAUCAGCCGCUGCCGCUCCGUUCCCGGCCACCGCCGCCACGUCCCCGGUCCUUGCCGGUGUCCACCCGUCCGCGGUCGGAGGAAUGCCUUCUUCAUCGGUGACAACCGUCUAAAGAGAAGGACACAGACAACCAGUGCAGGGGGAAUGAAAAACAGCUGAAAAGUACUCCGAUCCGUAACCGCCCGAUCCCUUCAAUCAUUGAGAAGCAAACAAGAAACACACCCGGAACCACCUGUCUCCAUAUCUGCAAAGGCCGAUCAUCAUGCGUCGUUGUGGGAAAGAUUUUUGAGAGGAAGGUUCCUUUUUCCUCCUCCCCAACACAAAAGGAAUGACUCCAUUUGUGGCCUAUUUUUCAUCUCUCUCUUUUUUUACCACUGAUUCGUGUAGCUAUCUUUCAAUCAUCAGGGAUAUGUCCUCUCUGCUUUCUUUUUACAACUUUCGUCCCUAGCUUCUCGCUCCUUAAUGUCCCGUUUUAAUGCGUAGUGCAAAAUUUUAUCUGUUUCCCCUUCCCACCCGUCAGUAGAGCGAUGGUAGCACGAUGGCGGCAAGCCGCUUCUUGGUUCGGUUCGGUUUAGUUCUUUUCCCCCCCAACAAACACAUUUUUCCCACGUGCGCGAGUGUGAGCACAGGUAGGUGUAUUUGUACCACGCCUGUAGCAAACCCGCACCGAGCAGAUCCUGCUGGUAUUGAUUUUGUGCUUACGUCGUAGCAAAAGAAAACAUAAUAAUUUGAAUUGAAGUUUUGUUUCGUUUUUAAACAACAAAUCGUAAACAAUCCUCCGUUUUCCGUUUCCCGUUUGAACUUCCCGCUUUUUUUAAAUUGCCAGUUGUGUAAAAUAACUAAUAGGAAUAACUAGGCUCUUCGGAAUGAGUCUGCUAAAUGAACCAAUUCCCCCUUUUGGCUCUUUUUACACACCACACGGAAGAGCAAGCACCACAGUGUGUGAAUUUGUAAAUUUAGAAGAACAUUUAGAAGUUUCGAUCCCCCCGAAAAGCGAAGGGGUAACAUCAGCUUUUGUGAAGAAGCAAAGAACCAAAAAAAAAAGAAGAGGAACAUCAUUUAUAAAAUGGCAAGCAAAGCGAAUAAGAUCACGCUAUUAAGUUA